UAGGACGCCUAUCAGGGCUACUCUGCAAUCGCUCUCAGUGCCGUUGCGAGUUCAGUGCUGCCCGAUGCACGUACGUAUGUUGCUGAGUCUAGAAAUCGGUGCUGUAUAGAGUCAAGUGUCUGAAAUGCUCUGACAACCAAACUCUGUAACCUUAAGCGUCGGGUCGGGCCGCCGUCGGGCGGCGAGGCCAUGUCUCGGGACGAGCCGCCGCCCGACCUGGCGGUCGGCAUGGAGGAUGUGCGCAUCGGCGACCGGCCGGUGUUCGUGACGCCGCCCCGCCGGCCCGUUUGGCAGCCUCAGCCGUCGGCCCGGCCGGUCGUCCGCCCGCCCGCUGCCGCCGCCGCUGCCGACCCCGCGCUGCUGCGCAGCCAGGAGGCGGCCUAUAACAGGCUGCGGUGCGAGAUGGAGCGCAAUACGCGUUUGUACGAGAGCCUGCUGGCCGACACUAACCUGCUGAUGCGCCAGCUGGAGAUGGCGUCAGCCCCAGUGCCGGACGAGCGUGUGCGCUUGGCCGAGGACAACAGCCGAUGGCGCCGCAGCUGUGAGCUCCUGUCGGCGGAUGUACGGCGGCUGCGAGCGGAAGAGGCUCGUCGUCAUUUGAUGUCCUACAGCUCCGAGGUCAUCCUCUCCCCUCCAGCAGGUCCGCCAGAAGAGCCGGCCGAGGGGCCGCAGUGGGAGUGCGGCUCAUGUACCUUCCUCAACCACCCGGCCAUCGGCGUCUGCGAGCAGUGCGAGAUGCCCCGCCUGCGCCGAGGUACGGGCUGGGCGGCGCGCUCCCCGCCCUCAUCCCUGCCGCCGCCGCACUCGGGCUGCUACUGCCACCCGGCCGGCGGCGGCGCGUCGGCCGACCGCGUCUGCAGCUGGCCCGAGAGCAGCGCGCGGCCCAGCCGCGGCGCCCAGCCCCGGCUAGGCACGCUCUAAGGCCGGUCGGCAACAUGGCUCGGACAUACUGAGGCGGCCCCCCGCCCCCCUCCUACUGUGGACGGCGGAGCGGCCGUCCAUCCUGUGCGUGACAUCCUGAAACAAGAUAUUACCAAAAAAGACGGGCAUCCAAACUUUCCAUCCGUACGGACAACUAGACUCUACAUCCUUACGGACAACCAGACUUUACAUCCAUUCUCAAUCCGUGUCAUCAAAUUGGACUUGUGGAUGUUCCUGAUAAGCGAAGUGGGAAUACGACAGUAGAUUAGCGGAUGCUAUUUUCUCUCACCAUACCAGUUGUAGAGAGUACAACUGGGUAUAGCGAAACUCCAGUAGCCAUACGGGGUCGUGGCGGCUGCGGUCACGGGCACACGUAAUAUCACCCGGGCGACGGCAGGGAUCUAAGGCAGUAGUAUGACCCUCGCAGCGCGGUGGCAGCGACGUGACUGACUCGAGGAAGUGCUGGGCUGGCUCUGUCUGGCUUCGCCCGUGACUUGGUGACGGUGGGCGUCCGGCACCAAGUCGUUGUCAUGGAUCUGUGCCGCCGGGACGGGCCAUGUCGAUUGUUUGUCCCUCCCUGUCUCGGCCGGUAUUGCUUAGUUUACCCGCCGUCCACCGCAGUAAUACUGGUGUACUAAGGUGCUGCUUAUGCAGCUGCUUUUGGAUGUCGGGAUCAGUGAACAGGCACAAAUCAAAAUUAUUUUGUACGUGAGGUGCGGGAUAGUCCCUGGUCACCACGUCUGGUGGACACGGUGGUCACGGGCGAUGUACUGCGAUCUUGGUGGCCUUGCGUGCAUUCCUGUUUUCGGAAUCACUUCUUCGUUGUCAUUGUGUUUUAAAAGCGAUGCAGUGAAGAGUUGUGUAUGAUUAACUGAGUUACGAGGCAACGAAGAGUCGAAGUCAGUUCCUUUUUCGAGCGUUCGUCCAAGGCCGUAAUGCGUCUUAUGUUCGCCGGAUGCGGCGUUUCAUUUCGUGUCCCACGAACGUCAGCAUGUCAGGAGAGUCUCACUCGUCAAGUGAUGUAUCUAUCAGGGUAGCCACAUGUCACGCUCCACGUGAUUUUCUAUGUGUGCGGUGAGCUAUCAGUGCCGUUGUGUUACCACUGCUCGAUGCAAGCGCGCGGUGGUUGCCCUCUGGCACCAGUUGUAUGCAGUUAGGACUAGCUGUGCUCAUCGCAGUGAAACUGUGCCGUGGAUACCAGACGCCAUGGCGAACUCUGCGCAAACUACUGUCCUUCCGGUGUAAUACACCCUCGCUGUCCAGUGUG